CACUCUCGUGCAACCGCCAACGGUCCCCCCGCACCAGCCGGCCCUUGCAUGCAGCAUGCUUCGUAUUGCCAGGCUCGCCAGGUUCAUCUCGACCACAUCACCCACGCCAAAAUCCACAUUCGCAUCCCAGACAGGAUUCCCAGACAGGGUUCCCAAGUAUGGGAAGCAACGUCUCCUCGCUCGUCCAGCAGGAUGUGAUGUGCAUAAACCGGGAUCGCAGGGCUUCCGCCGAUCGCUGAUCACUCGUGGCGGCACGGCCAAGCAGUUCCAAGGUUGCAGCCACCUGGUCUCCCAUGUGUGCUACAAAGCCCCAAUGCUAACCCCGCUGACCGCUUAUGGUGAUUACGGCCGAAAACCACGGUACGAUCUUGACAGCUUUUCUCAUUCUGGGCACCAGGGCUGCCCAAGAAGGAAAUCCUCUGGAUCCCCACGCGGCGGAACACGAGCUUGUCCAUGCACUCGAUCUUGAAAGGACCCCUAAAGUCACUAGAAGCACCCCAUGUUUCGAUGACAAAUCUACCAGAGUCUGCUCGCCAUGGCCAGCUCCUCUCACACAAACACAACGAACCAAGCCUCGAAGACGCACGGACUUGUGCUCUCUGUGGGCUCAGGCAUGCACAGAUGCGAUUGUGGAGAGUUCCGGCACUGACUGUCUCAAGACAGCAACGGCCUUACUCCGAGAAACGGGCAGCCAGUGCUGCCGAACCUUACCUGGGACCUGGACCCACAUACCGCGCCUUUAUCGCAUCUCACGAUAACAAAGCCAACGAUAAUUUCUUUGGCGCGUAUUUCUCCCACUCCUCUUCGCUUCUUUCGUUCUUCUCCUGUUUUAUUUCACGUUCACAGCACAACAUCUGGCAUCGUCCCUUACCAUGGACUUUCUGCUUCCAGACCGAGCACCAUCUCGGUCGGCUGUUUGAUCAUGCCCGGAUUAAACGAUGAAGGUGCUGAGGACUUGGGGACAUCUUUCGGCGCAAACGGAGCAAGCUUUCACUUGCCGAGGUCUGCAGUCGCGCAGUCUCCCAACGCCAGCGCCGCGAGGCAGUAGCGGUGCAGUCACAAUGCUUGUGAUGGAACUGCUUGCUACAUACCUCGUGGCAGCAGGGCAGCAGGACUACUGGUAAGUCAAACUUUGGUAUCAACUUGACUGAGGCAA